AUGCACUCCUCACACGACCGUUCCUCCUCCUCCUCCGACCAGUGUCUAAGGAUCACUCGGCGAAACCGCUGCCCUCCGACCUGCAUCGAAGGAGUUUUAGUAGAAGCGAGAUCUCUCACCAUCCGUACCAUGUCUUCCCCGACGACAGCGCCCCCCGAUGACCCUCUUCUGGCCAGGAAGGGCUCCUCCUCCCCCUCCAUCGCCCCCCCUGGCCUGGCCAAGGAACCGGGAAGCAAGAGGGGGUCCUCCGAUCUCUUGUAUGCCAUUGAGGAUAAUCCUUCUUGGUUUGAGUGUAUCAUUUUCGGGUUUCAGCACUACCUGGCCAUGGUCGGGGGAACCAUCUCCAUCCCCAUCAUAAUCUCGUCCUUCCUGUGCCUGGAGGAGAGCAACCCCGCCCGCGGUGUCCUCGUGUCGACCAUCAUCUUCAUGUCCGGCAUCAUCACCUUCCUGCAGGCGACCUUCGGCGUCAGACUCCCCAUCAUCCAAGGGGGGAACUUCGCCUACGUCAUCCCGGCGAUAGCGCUCCUGAAGACGGCCUUCGAGCCAUGCAAAGACCUCCCACUGACCAACAUGACGGAGACGGAGCGGGAGGAGGCGUGGCAGGUGCGCAUGCGCGAAGUCCAGGGCUCCAUCGCGGUGUCGGCCAUUUUCCAAGUGGCGGUCGGCUUCACCGGUCUCAUUGGUCUGCUGCUCACCUGGAUAACGCCCCUGGCCAUCGUCCCUACGGUCACACUCGUCGGUCUCUCGCUCUUUGAGGUCGCGUCCAAACAAGGCUCAGGUCAUUGGGGCGUAUACCUCCUGACCGUAGGGCUCCUGAUCCUAAUGUCGCAGCAUAUGAAGGAUGUCAGCGUGCCGGUGCCUUGCUAUAAGACAGGGAAAGGGCUCGUCAUGGUCAGGUGCCAGCCGUUCAGGACCACGUCGCUCCUCAUCGCGAUCCUCAUAACGUGGACAUUAUGCGCGAUCCUCACAAUGAGUGGUACUCUCCCCGAAGGCUCGGCCGCCCGCACUGAUCUCACGAUGCCCAUGGUAGCGAGGGCGCCAUGGUUCUAUGUCCCUUACCCUGGUCAGUUUGGAAUGCCAACAACAAGCGUUGCUGGAACCCUGGGGAUGCUGGCAGCUGUGUUGGCCUCCAUCAUUGAGAGCGUUGGAGACUACUACGCAUGUGCAAGAAUUUCAGGUGCCCCCAUGCCUCCCACACAUGCCAUCAACCGGGGCAUUGGGACGGAGGGCAUCGGCUGCAUGCUUGCGGGUCUUUGUGGCACCGGGAGCGGCACCACGUCCUACUCCGGCAACAUCGGGAUCCUUGGCAUUACGAAGGUCGGGAGCCGUCGCGUCGUGCAAGUAUCCGCUAUCAUCAUGAUAGUGUGCGGGGUAUUUGGCAAAAUGGGCGCCUUUUUCGUCACCAUCCCCGAGCCCAUCAUCGCCGCCGUCUUCACCAUCAAGUUCGCCAUGAUCACCGCCAUGGGCAUCUCCACACUGCAGUUCGUCGACCUCUCCUCCUCCAGGAAUCUGUUCAUUCUCGGGUUCUCCAUUUUCUUCGGGCUCUCGUUGCCCAAGUGGAUGCAGGAGCACGGCGACGCGAUCAGCACGGGCGUCCCCCUCCUCGACCAGACGCUGGUGGUCCUCCUGCAGACGUCUAUGUUCGUGGGCGGUUUCCUGGGCUUCCUGCUUGACAACACCAUCCCAGACAUUAUAAAGGAUAGUAACCCAGUUGUGCCAUCAACAUGUGUUAAAGUAGGUGCAGAAAGAAGUAACAGCAUGGAGAACAGAAAUUUGUCAUCUAUCGACGUCGCUAUUAUGAGUGUUAUGAAUAUGGUCACAGAAGAGUUGACAGGCAUUUUUGAGGGUAUAGCGAUCAGUAUCAGUCUGUGCACCCGGCGCUCGGGAGAUUUUCGUCGGAUCCAACAGCUGGGACCCGAGAAGUUCCUUGAGUACGGUCCCGACUCAGAGGCUGAGGCCAGAUCCCGGUGGACUGAAGAUGAGCCUUUGCAAAAAGAAACCAUGCAGAAGCAAAAGCAACAAAGGACAACACCUAGUGCUUGA